GUGCCUGCACAACAUAUUGACUGUCCCAUUAUACAACUUUACACCCUCUUACAUCGAUCGAACAUCUACUAAUUACUGAGCUACAAUGGCGAACCCAAACAGGGAAAUAAGGAUUGCCGUGAUGGGUGCGACCGGCAGUGGUAAAUCCACGUUUAUCAAUAAGGCUAGCGGGUCGAGCCUUCCCGUCGGUCGUGGCCUCGAGAGUUGCACCAGCGAGGUGCGAACUUCACGGCCGUUCGUCGUCAGCGGACGUCUCGUCACUCUGAUCGAUACACCUGGGUUUGAUGAUACGUCCCGCAGCGACACGGACAUUCUGACUAUGAUCGCCGCAUAUCUCUCCAAGACGUACGAGCACGGCGCCAGGCUCGCAGGCGUCAUCUACAUGCACCGCAUUUCCGACUUCAGGAUGGGCGGGACGUCCAAGCGCAACUUCAAGAUCUUCCGCGAGCUGUGCGGAGAGAGCUCCCUCAAAAACGUUCUCAUCGUCACCAACAUGUGGUCCGAGGUGAAACGCGAGAUCGGCGAGGCCAGAGAGUCCGAGCUUGCGAGCAAGGACAAAUUCUUUAAGCCUGUGCUCGAGAAGGGAGCUCGAUUGCUCCGUCACGAGGGGUCCCUCGAGUCCGCACAUACCAUCCUCCGUUAUCUGAUCAACAGCCAACCGGCUACGCUCCGCAUUCAACAAGAACUCGUCAACGAGCAUAAGCCCAUCGAGAAAACUGCAGCGGGCUCUGAGCUCAGACGCGCUCUCGACGAGCAAGCGGAAAACCACAAAGAGGAGAUCCGUAAUCUCCGAGUGGAGAUGGAAACCGCCAUGCGCGCCAAAGACGAUGAGACGAGGGGCGAACUUCAAGAAGAGCUCGAGAAGAAGCAGCGGGAAUGCUUGCGCAUCGAGCAAACGGCUCAGCGUAUGGCGGCUGAAUUCGCUGCCGAACGCGCACGCCUUGAGGCUCGAAUCCUGCAGAUGGAAGACGUGCACCAGAAGCACCUCCAGACGCUGGAGGGACUUCAAGGUGAGGUAGCCAGAGUCCUGACUGAGAAGGAGCAGCAAGAAUCCCUGCACAUUCAAAAGCAGAACGAGAUUCUUGCUGCCAAGCAGGCAGAGGAUGAGCGACGAGCUCGCGAGUUGGAAGAAGAACGUAAGGCAAGAGCGCUAGCGGAAGAGAGUCACCAAAUGCACCUCCAAAGUCUCCUGGAGGAUAUGGAGAAGACGCGCACCGCGAAAGAGAUCGCCGACAUUGCUCACGCCGAAGAAGUCCAACGGGAGCGCGAGAGGCUAGCAGCGCUAGAGGCUGAGCGACAGCGACAAAACUCUGCCAUUGAAGCUGCGGAAAAAGAACGUGCUCGGGAGGAGAGGGAACGAGUGCGGCUACAAGAAGAGUUUGCACAGAGAGAGAGGGAAUUAGAGGAAGUCAAGGCGUCUCACGCACAAAAGGAGGCCGAGAGUGCCGCAGCGAAGCAAGCUGAAGAGAGCGCACGAAUCCUUCUCCUUGAACAGCAAGAGCUAGCACGACGACGUGAGGAAGAGUUGGCUCGAGUGCAACGGGAGACGGAAGAGGCGCACGCCACCCGAGAGCGCGAAGCUGCAUUAGCUAGGAAGGCCGAAGAAGAUGCACGCGCACGACUGCUCGCAGAGCAGCAUGAAGCUAAACUACGCGAAGAAGAAGCUCACAGACAACAGCUUCAAGACGAGCUCCUGCGAGCUCAGCGAAAGAUAGAGGAGGUCGCAAUAGCCGAAGAGAAACGCAAGCAGGAGGAGGCAGCCGCCGCCAAGAAAGCCGAAGAAGACGCGAAUUCACGUCUCGCGGAGCAACAAAAGUUGGCGAAGCAGCGCGAGGAGGAACAACAGAAGGCAGCGGAAGAACAAGUCGCACAAGCACGCAGAGAACUAGAGGAGUCGCAGGCAAGGGCAGAACGUGAAGCCGCUGCUGCUAGAGAGGUACAAGACUUAGAGCGUGCAAGACUCCUUGACGAUUACCGAAGGCGAAUGGAGGAAGAACUUUCUCGACUGAGACAGGCAGUUGCUCAAUCGGAAGAGCAGAGCGCAACCCUAGCAGAACAAGCGCGUCAGCAAGAAGCAGCGGAAAGGAAGAAGAGCCAGCAGCUCGAGGAAGAACUGACAAAGGCGCGAGAGCGAGCUCAGGCGGCGAAGAUAGACUACGAACGAAGAUUGUCUGACGUUGAGGAGCGAAGCUCGCUCGAACACAUCUCGCCCCAGCCAGCUGUUCUAUUGCCGACUUUGCCAUUCGUAGUAUGGAAGGCAGCCGUGACGUGGUGGGGACUGACAAGGAAGUGAGUCUUGAUCAUGUCGCCCUGAGCUCUGCGAUUAACCAGGUGCCGGCUCAUUAACCUAUUGAACUAACAUGCAUCAUGUACGACACGUACUAUUUUGUUACCUUACCUUCUGUAUAUAUUUACCGUACACACUAGAUUAUCUUGGAAUGGUUAGUAUCUGGCCUAUCGUGACGAUGAUGAGCUGCAGAUGGCAAGUACAUACUGUGUGCUACCGCCAUGUCAUUCAGGGUUCUGCCAGUGGAAUGAGGCCUCGACGCCGCCCCGUAGUCAGCGAAAGUCAGGCGAAAAGAUAAUGG